UUCGAAUUUGCCCAAAGAGAAACAACAUGGCGGCAAAGGUGAGUGCGUUCAAUUUUAAUUUCUCAUUAUUUUUGCUAAAAAUCAACACUCUUGUACCAGUUUUCCUCCCAAUCUUUAAUUUACCUAGUCCAAAUUAAGUUGCUGUUUUAUUUUUGUGUGUUUAAAAUCAUUCUAUUCAUUGUUUUCGUUGCUUUUUUAGACAUUUCUCGUCAUAAUCUUGGACGUUGGUCCAUCCAUGUGCCAAGCAGCGGCUGGCCAUGAAACGGCGCUGGAGACAUCAGUUAAAGCGAUCAAGAUGAUUCUGACGAGAAAAGUAUAAGUUGAUCUAAUGUAUUUUGUGUGAUUCGUUUGUUUAAGCUAUGUAGAAUAUGUACAAAUCAGUAGAAAGUAACUGCUACAACAUUGUAAUGAUUGUAUUAACCCUUUAAGUGGCAAUGUGCCCUACUUUGUUAUUUUACUCUCUCUAACUCCACACGAUUUUACCUGUCAGGGGAGAGUGCUGCCACUCAAUUGGUUAAUAUCAUUUUGUAUUAGUAAGUUGCAAUUAUAGACAUUAUAAUUAUGUAGUAUAUUUGCAACCAAAAGUCAAUAUUUGAAAACACAUCCAUCUUUAUAUACAGUGUAUAAAACAAAAGAUGAUCGUCAAUGUGACUGUGCCUACUUACCAGGAUGCAUUCCAUGUAAACUCAUGCCGACGAUACACCAAUAUUUACUAUAAAUAUAUAGUAUUGUAAUUUGCCAAACUCACGUCGGAGAUCUUCAGCAUACAGUAUUGCUCUUAAAAUGCACCCUGGCCUACUUUGAUCAGAUUGUCCAUCAAGACAAAUAAUGCAAGUUUGCAGUAUGCACACCUUGUUCAUUGAUCGUGUUACACAAACACAAUUUUCUUGUAACCCCCUGAAUCCCUGCCACUUUCCUCCUGUACCUCCCUACCCUACCCCCCGGAAAUAUCUGCACCCUUCCCAGACUUUGAAAUGAGUUUAGUUGAGUUUUAGUUGAACUGUUUUUUUAGAUGUUUACUUCUCCUAAGGACGAAGUAGCUCUUGUACUAUUUGGAACUGAGGGUAAUCUAACUUUAUAAUCUAACUUAUUAAUAAGUCUUAUUUAUAUAUACAUACAGGGCUCUCUGUGAAGACCACUCUUCAAAACUGCAGCUGGUCAACAGCCAUUUGCCUAUUGAGCUGUCCACAUUUGGAACAAUUUAGAUAAAAACUUGAAAGAUAGCACAAGUUUCCCUUAAAAUCUUCAAGACAGCACUUGAAAAACUUUGCUUCCCAAGGAGAAUGUUUUUGUUAAUAACUUACUAAACUUUGUGCAUGGUUAAAAAAAUUGUAAAUAAUUUCUGAGAAAUUUUAUUGAAUAUCUAUCUAUCUAUAUAAUUUACUGGAUUAUGUAGAAGUCCAGUAAGAGCCAUUUCUUACUUUUCCAGUGUUACUACAAGAGAAAAACUGGGAAUUGAGAGAUUAAGCCUUUAAGUUGUAAUGUACCCUGAUGUAAUCAUAUUAAUGAUCAAUUAAAUACUCAUUAGUUGCCAAUUAAUUAAUUAAAGAAACAGAAAAUGUGUUGGCUGAUGAUUCUGGUGGAUAUGAAAAUGUCAAAGUUGUGAAGAAAUUCUCCCCUCCAGACCAAGAGUUACUGCAAUAUGUCCAUGAUGGAAUUAUACCUGGUAGGGAUUGUUUAUUAUUAGUUAUACGUUAGAUCAGAAUUAGUAAGGCAUCAAAAAAUACCUGUGGUUCCGGUUUCAUGGUUUUUCAAAAAAAAAUACCUUGUGGUUCUGGUUAUCGGAAUUUUUUUUUUUGAAUAUUUUUUCAUGGUUUUUUCAAUCAUUAGUGUGACAACAGAUGCCAUUUUGGCAGCAGCCUGCAACCACCCAGAGAAAAUAGGGUUGCACGGUCAAUCGCGUUGAAAAAAUAAUAGCGUCAGCAGAAAAAAAUAGAGUCUGUCGGGAACCAGAACCACAGGACCGGUAUUUUUUUAUGCCUAAAUAUUAGCACAGUCACAUAUAUACAGGACUGGGAAAAACCCUAACUGUUUACAACAACAAGGCACAUACUAACAGCCCAGGGAUGCCAGAACUGGGGCAGCUGCCCCUCUUGCCUUUUGCUAGGAGGGGCAUUAAGGGGGCCCGGGGGUCAGAAGUGCCCUUUGAGAUAUAAAAUAGUAAAUACUACCUGAUAAAUCACAUUUCCAGUGAUGCUUUUUGGGCAGAAUCAUGAGGUGUGAUCUUGAAUGUGACCGGAUUAAGUGUGUUUGCUUUCAUUGGCAAGUCAACACAUAAUUGUAGGACUUGGUGCCCUUUGGUGUGCGUUUGCCCCCCUUGCCUUUUUAUUGUUCCGGCGUCCCUGUAACAGCCCCUUCUUGGAAGAAUUGCUUAGCACAUUCCACUCCUGCAUUAUUCUACGUACAUUCUAAACAUUGACGAUUAUUUAUUGUUUCAGGAAAUGAAGAAGCAGACUGUAUCCUUCCAGUUGUCUUUACUAUAGGCAAUCUGCAAUUUUACACAACCUAUUUGGCUGUAUCAACCCAUUCAGAUGUUUCAAAUAAUUAUUAA